AUGGCUAGACAUAGGGCAGUUCGCAAUAUGCACUAUGAAGAUGAAGCGGAGUUUAUAUAUUCAAGAUCAAGAGGGAACCAGUCUAAUUUUCUUAGUGAAUACAUUACAAAAUCGGCAGAAAAAGACAAAGUUGACGAAGAUGAAGAUGAAUCUUUAUUAGAUGAUUCUAUCGAUUAUAGCCGCCUGAAAUUAUCUCCUGAUAACAAAAUAAAACUUUUUGCAUGCAUGGAUCAAAUACGCUCGAUAAUGGGUGAUAUCUCCGAAAAGAGAGUUGUGAAUGUAGUCAUUAAUGAGAAUUUUAAUGUAGAAGCCGCAUUGAAUAGGCUCCUUUCGACAGAAGGUGAAGCGACAGAACCAAACUUUACAGAUAUUUCAGGCUUAGAUAAAGCAGACGCGCAAAAUUUUGGAUUAAGCUCGGAUCGUCACACCAAAGAUAAUGAACAAUUAAAUUUUACGUACCAUAACGCAGGCAAUACCCAGUUGGUAUCGGAUGGUGCAAAUCGAUUAGAUAACUAUCCAUCAAUCACGCUGGAAAACUUAUCGCCCAUUGCUAAUACUCAAAAUUCCAUAUUUAGUACUGAACUUGAAAAUGACCUUAAUGUACCAUUAUCAGCAUUAGCUGAAUUAUCUUGUCUGUCAGAAAAUGUAGACACUGAAUUACAAUUAUCACCAAUACGUCAAAUCGGUGAUAGUAAUAAUUCCCUUAUAUUUGAAAAUUUUGUUGAUUUGAAGUCAUUAGUUAAUAGUGAAGGCACCACUAUUAACCAGCAGUCGCCAUGGGAUAAUCUUAAUAUUAACUUAAACGAUAUUUUGUCCUCCUGUAUCGAUAGUAAUAUAGCUUUCCAGAAGGAGUCGUUAAUUAAGAAUCAAGAUGAGAAUCUAGUAAUAAUAAGUGCCACAAAGGCUUCUAGUAGUUCUCAAAUUUUAAAUCAGUCUAAUGAUGCAAUCGAUGAAAUGACACGUAAAUGGAACGAUGUAAUGCAAUCUGAAAUCGGAGACUUUCAUGAUUUGGACAAAACAUUGGAGACUGCAGAAUCCAGUGAAAAACAAGAAAUAUUGAAAUUGGCCAAACCAUCGAUGUUUGCCAGUUUAAUUUCUAGUAAAAACAGUAUUCUAGUCUUGGUUAAAACGCAGAUAUCUAGUCUUGCACAAAUUCGUAAUCACAAAAUUAAAGCCUUUGAUUUUAACUUGCCCUCUCCUGACGACAAAAUACCGUUGGAAUUGCCUCCAAUGUUACUAAUGCAACACCAAAGUCCAGCAAGAAAUUCUCCUUCUCCGCCACCAAAGGAGUCGGAGAGUACUGCUACCCCUGUUGCCAAGUUGCCUCGUAGUUUAUCGAAACAGUUACAGGCCAUAAAUCUUCAAGACGAAUGGAAAAAAAGGCAAUCCGGAAAAGAAGUUAUUAACCUUAUUGUUGUUGGCCACGUAGAUGCUGGAAUAACUAUAGACAUUGGUCAUUCAAAAUUUGAAACCAAAACUAAGGAAGUAGCUUUAUCGGAUGCGCCUGGACACAAAGAUUUCGUACCAAAUGUUAUAACUGGUGCUACUCAGGCUGAUGUCGCGAUUAUUGUGGUAAAUGCCUCUGUAGGCGAAUUUGAAGCUGGCUUUGAAGCUGGUGGACAAACUCGUGAACAUGCGAUGCUAAUUCGAUCACUUGGCGUAGCGCAACUACUAGUUGCUGUAAACAAAUUAGAUACGGUCAACUGGUCUCAAUCUAGAUAUGAUACUAUAAUUAGAAAAUUAAAACCGUUUUUAAAACAAUCAGGAUAUAAGGAAUCAGAUGUUCGAUACGUUCCAUGCAGUGGAUUAACUGGGGAAAAUUUAGUUAAGCCGUCUGAUACACAAGCUUUAACAACAUGGUAUAAAGGGCCUAGUUUGUUAGAUUGCAUUGAUAACUUUAAAAUUCCUCAGCGAUCACUUGAUGCACCUUUUCGUCUUUGUGUGUCGGACGUCUAUAAAGGAAUUGGACAAGGUAUUGUUAUCGGCGGUAAAGCUGAGUCCGGUGCAGUUGCUAUUGGAGAACAGAUAGUCGUAUUACCAAGUAACAAAGCAGGAUACGUAAAAUCAAUUAGUCUCCAUGACGAAGCUACAAAUUGGACUUGUGUGGGUGACCAAAGUAACUUAACGGUCAUUGGUAUCGAUAUUAAUAAUGUUAGCCGUGGAUCAGUGGUGUGCGUUCACGGAUCUCUGGCUAGCGUCACGAGAAAGAUAUUGGUUCGAGCGAUAGUUAUUGAUCCUCCAACUCCUAUAACAAUUGGAUUUACCGGGUUACUUUAUUGUCAUACAAUUACUGAGACAGCUUCCGUAACUAAAUUAGUUAGCAUAAUAGAUAAAAGUACUGGAGAAGUCAUUAAAAAGAAACCCAGAUGUAUCACGAAGCAUACAAGUGCAAUUUUUGAAAUAACCACUGCUCGACCUAUCUGCGCGGAUUUAUAUAAAGACAAUAAAGCCUUAGGGAGGAUAACUCUACGAUCGGGAAGUAAUACCGUAGCUGCUGGCAUCAUUAUUAAGUCAGUCUAUCAAAUAACCUAG